AUGACUGAAAUCCAGAACUCAAACCCAACUAUCCUCGACGCGGCGGAUCUGCCCACCCGUCUGCGAUCUCCCCCAAAGACAGCCGACCAUGGCCUCUUCACAGCCGUGCCCCUCCCCGCAGACUUUGACAGUGCGUCAUCUGACUCCGACGAUGACAACCUGAUGGAGGAGCCAAUCGAUGAACAGGAAAUCUAUGAUCUCAUUUCAACCAUCUCCGAUCCCGAACAUCCCAUUUCCCUGGGUGAAUUAGCCGUCGUAUCCCUGCCAGAUAUUGCCAUCAAGCCCACCCUGCCGCAAGUCCCUGAAUCACCUCUCCAGACUGUCACCGUCCUCAUCACCCCCACGAUCACACACUGUAGUCUGGCCACCGUCAUCGGACUGGGCGUGCGCGUGCGCUUGGAACAGUCUUUGCCAUCCCGAUUCCGCAUGGAUGUGCGCAUCAAGGAAGGGACACACAGCACAGGUGAUGAAGUCAACAAGCAGUUGGCCGAUAAGGAGCGAGUGGCUGCGGCCUUGGAGAACGGGGCGCUGAUGGGCGUCAUUGCCAAGAUGAUGGAGACUUGCCAAUAG